AUGAGGCUGAUGGGCAACACGGCCAUCAUUCAUGUGAUCUUAAGAGCACCCAGCAUGAAGACCGUGACCAACAUGUUCCUCCUGAACCUGGCCGUGGCCAAUGGGCUCUUCACACUGGUGCUGCAUGUGAACAUUGCUGAACACCUGCUGCAGCGCUGACCAUUUGGGCAGCUGCUGUGCAAGCUGGUGCUGGCCAUCGACCUCUACAACAUCUUCUCCAGCGUCUAUUUCAUGGCUGUCAUGAGCAUUGACCGCUACCUGGUGGUGCUGGCCACGGUGCACUCCCAUGGCCUGCCGUGCCAUACCCACCAUGGUGCCAAGGUGGCCAGCCUGUGCGUUUGGCUGGCCAUGGCCCUCUUGGUGCUGCCUUUCUUCUCCUUCGUCAGCAUCUAUAGCAACGACUGUGGCCUGAGUUUCCCACAGGCCAAGUGAGCCUGGUUCAAGGCCAGCCAUAUCCAUACACUGGUGCUGGGCUUCUUGCUGCCUGUGUGCGCCGUUGUGCUAUACGCCGACCUGCUGUGCUGGCUGUGGGCCAUGCAGCUCUACUCAGGGGCCAAGGUGCUGGGCAAGGCCAAGCACAAGGUCAUCAUCCUGGUCUUUGCUGUGUUGGCCGACUGCCUCCUCUGCUGAAUGCCUUUCCACCUGGCCUCAGUCGUGGCUCUCACCAUAGAUGCGCCGCAGGCCACCCUGGUCAUCAGCAGUCUCAGCUAUGCCAACUCCUGCCUCAUCCCCUUCCUCUACGUAUUCCUAUAUGACAACUUUCCCAGGGGCUUUCAUGUCCUAUCCCCUUGCUGGAGGGCCUGA